GGAUAGCAUUUUGUCGCUCAAAGACUUCAAAGCCUACGAGCACACUGGCGGCGGUGGCGUACUUGGCUUUCAGUCGGUCGACGGCAUGCAGUACACAACCAUCGCAUAUGCCUUGCGACAGCCGGGGCAGUGGAUCAUCAGCAGCGAGGCCGAUGUGGUCACCCAGGACUUGCCUGUCAACUACUCCUUCAAUGAUGUUGGACAGUUGGUGCACCUUUCCAUGACGAAGCGGAAGGUCGGUGGCACAACCACCACACGGCAGAUGGAAUAUGCCUUCUACCGGAAUGGCCUCACGC